UUUUCACUGAUGCCAUUUUCGUGGCGUUGUGAUGCGAUCUCUGGCCCUCCGUCCACAAUAAUAACAUCACUUCAGAGUUAGUUUACCUGCGGGCCACACGGAGUGUUUGUACGACACAUUCUGUUGUAUUGUGAUAUUGGUGUGUUGCCCCACAAGCCUCCAACAUGGCGCAGUACAAAGGUGCCGCUAGCGAGGCUGGAAGAGCCAUGCAGCUGAUGAAAAAGCGUGAGCAGCAGCGAGAACAACUAGAACAGCUCAAACAGAAAAUCGCCGAGGACAACAUGGUGAAGUCCAACAUCGACAAGAAGUUCUCAGCCCACUACGAUGCCGUAGAGGCCGAACUGAAGUCCAGCACCGUGGGUCUGGUCACCCUGAACGACAUGAAGGCCAAGCAGGAAGCCCUGGUGAAGGAGAGGGAGAAACAGCUGGCGAAGAAGGAGCAGUCUAAAGAGCUGCAGCUGAAGCUUGAGAAGCAGAAGGAGAGGAAGAGGAAGGAGGAGCAGAAGAGGAAGAUUGCCAGUUUAUCCUUCAAUCCUGAUGAGGAGGAAGAUGAUAAUGAAGACGCAGAGGAGGAGGAGGAGGAAGAGGAGGAGGAGGAAGAGGAAGAGGAGUUCUAUUUCCCAGUAAAGAAGAGGAAGUUGGGGAAGAACCCAGAUGUGGACACCAGCUUCCUGCCUGACCGGGACCGAGAGGAGGAAGAGAACCGGCUGAGAGAGGAGCUGAGGCAGGAGUGGGAGAGGAAGCAGGAGAAGAUCAAAGGUGAGGAGAUUGAGAUCACGUUCAGCUACUGGGAUGGAUCUGGACAUCGGAAGACAGUCAAGAUGAAGAAAGGCAACACCAUCCAACAGUUCCUGCAGAAAGCUCUGGAAGUUCUUAGGAAGGACUUCAGUGAACUCAGGGCAGCUGGUGUUGAGCAGCUGAUGUACAUCAAAGAGGAUUUGAUCAUUCCUCAUCACCACAGCUUCUAUGACUUCAUCGUAACUAAAGCCAGAGGCAAAUCAGGUCCUCUCUUCAGCUUUGACGUCCACGAUGACAUACGCCUGGUGAACGACGCCACUGUGGAGAAAGAUGAGUCUCACGCAGGCAAGGUGGUUCUGAGGAGCUGGUACGAGAAGAACAAGCACAUCUUCCCUGCCAGUCGCUGGGAGCCGUAUGACCCCGAGAAGAAAUGGGACAAGUACACGAUUCGGUGAAACGUCCGCAGUGGUCUGGGCCUCUGCUGUCUGGGCCUGUGCUUGUUUCUCUGAUUUAGUGUCCUGUUUACUUUGUAAUUAAUAAACUAUUCACUCACAA